CAACUACGUCUACCUUGUAUUACUACAAGAUGGCGUCAUAGCAUGCAGCUUGUGUCGGGGCAGCAGAAGAUCCAUUUGACUCGGAGCGUCAUCUGCUGAAUGCACGCGGGACCUUCGCUCUUUUGUGGAUUACCCGCGGUCCUAAGUGCUUUUUACGCACGGCUUACUGAUGUACCGAGAGACCAUACAAUCGUAAUGAGCCUGCCAGCCCAACCGUGAACGGUACGCGCUGCGUCGCUCUCCUCGGCAAAAACGCGAUUUUCCGCGGAUAGCGCCGCGUCCUUUCCGAAAAGCGAAGAUAACUCGUUAUCGAUAAAGCGUAGACAGCUCGCCUUAUUACGGAACGGCAGAUCUGGACAUCUAAAACGAGAGAAAACCAUCUCAUCGACCGCGCGACCGGACCAUGAAAUUCCAUUUCCUCUCCGCACACUUCGGUUCAACGGAGAAAACACUGCAGUAUAUCCCCCAGUGGACGUGAGCGCUGCUGCAGUGGUGGGGCAGGCAUCGCUACAUCUCUCCCAGGAGUUUUAACCGCUCUGUCUGUGACGUACGAUCUUCAAGGUGACUUCUUUAAUCCGUGGCAGUGGUAAUGCGGAAGAACGCUCAGGCCCACGGUGGACCGUGAGGGACAGGUUCUGACAUCGCUAAUCGUCUAAUGAGGGCCAUUUGCAUGGAGCACAGUUGCGCAUGAGUCGCCACCGUAAUGAAAUAUAAAUGCGCGGGAAUAAGGCCGGAACGACUUGUGAAGAGGGAUCUUUAUCAACAGGUUGUGUCGGAUACAUGACUAUCCGCAAGCCGACAGACAUAUCCUUAUCGAAUCUCGUUUUGCCAGACACUAGGGCAUCGUGACGGAACAUGGGUUGCGGGAUCUCCAUGGAAUCCGCGAUGACCAAGUCAGAGAAAGCGAUGAAGGCGGCGAUACUCAUCCAGAGAUGGUACCGGCGCUACCUGGCCCGGCUGGAGGCACGGCGCAUGUGCACAUGGAAAAUCUUCCAAAGUAUAGAGUACCACAAUGAACAGGACCAGCUGAAGCUUCAUAAUUUCUUCAUUGAUAUGAUGGAUCAUGUAGGAGACCAUGGGCCCAUUCUACAAACCCAGAAGAAGUCUCCGUUCCCAGUCCUGUUACAGAAAGACUUAACCUCAGGAGGAGUCAAUGGAACACAUGACGAGUCGGAAGAAGACCUGGUAUCGGACUACGAGAGCAUCCCAGUUGCUCCCGACUACACAGGACUGCGGCUGGACUUCCCGCUGACUGUCACCCAGGUCACGCAGAUGGUGGAGUACUUUCAAGAAAAGAAGGCUCUACAUGCCCGAUAUGCCGUUCAACUUCUGCAUGAAGCACGCAAGCGCCUGAGACUCAUGGGCAACAUAACCAGAGCAACCACCGGAGUAUUACACGACAUAACGAUAUGUGGUGACCUACACGGCAGUCUUGAUGAUUUGUUCGUCGUCUUUUAUAAGAAUGGCCUUCCCUCUCCUGAAACGCCGUACGUCUUCAACGGUGACUUUGUGGACCGCGGGCCUCACUCCGUGGAAAUCGCACUUCUUCUACUGGCCUUCCUCUUAGUUUAUCCAAACCAGGUUUUCCUGAACAGGGGCAACCACGAGGACUAUCACAUGAAUCUCAGAUACGGGUUUAUCAAAGAGAUUAUAGUGAAAUACAAGAAAAAUGCGACUGUUAUGGUGAAAAACUUCAGAGAUGUCUUCAGCUGGCUGCCGCUCGCCACCAUCAUUGAUAAAAAGAUUUUUAUAGCUCACGGUGGAAUAUCUGAUACAACUGAUCUCGAAUGCCUCGCUUCCCUCGAAAGACAUAAGUUCAUAACAGCCUUGAUGCCGCCGACUUCUGACGAGGACCCACUAGGCAUCCUGACGGGCAGGGAGAAAAUAGAUCGAGAAUGGAGACAGAUUCUUGACUUGUUGUGGAGCGACCCGCGCGGGAAGCUGGGGUGCGGCCCCAACACGUUCCGUGGGGGCGGGUGUUACUUCGGUCCUGACGUCACCGGUAGGUUCCUCAAGGACAACGACAUGCAGCUCAUCAUCAGGUCGCACGAGUGCAAGUACGAAGGAUAUGAGUUCACACACAAUAACCAGGUCCUGACCAUAUUUUCUGCGUCCAACUACUACGAAGAGGGGAGUAACAGAGGCGCGUAUGUUAAGAUCGGCGCGGACCUUCAGCCCCGUCUGGUACAGUACAUGUGCACAUCGUUCCACAUGGAGAAGGAGAUGGCGUUGUCGCAAAGAAUAAGCAUCAUUGAGAAGGCAGCUAUCGUGUACCUGAAGGAAGAAUGCUAUGCAAACAAAACUGCACUCAUGGAGGCCUUCCGCCAAAUGGACCCGUCAGAUGAAGGCGUGAUAACGUUACGUCAUUGGAUCCAGACGAUGACGUCGGUUCUAAACUUGGACCUCCCAUGGAGGGCUCUGAAGAACCAGCUUGUGACGACACCUGAUCGAGACCUGGUUUCCUACAAGAGUCUUUUUGAAACGUUCGCUGUGUCACACCGGUUUAAGGAGACAAAUUUUACUGAGGCUAUGUACAGAUGUCGGUACGAGCUGGAGACGAUAUUCAGGGCCAUGGACAAGGACAACUCAGGGUUUAUUUCCAUGGACGAAUUUAAGGAGUCCUGCCACAUACUGUCCAAACACAUCAACACCCCACUCCCUGAUGACGUCAUCAAGGACAUGGCGCACAGCAUGGACUUCAACCAUGACGGCUGCAUCGACUUUAACGAGUUUCUAGAGGCCUUCCGAUUGGUCGAUGGAGACCUCAAACGGCCAGGUCCGGAGGAGACGUGACGUAGGGUGGUGAUACAAACUAUCGUGGACGAUAGCCUCUACCGGGCUCCAC